CCACCUUAAAGCGGCGCGGUGACGUCAGCGGUGGGCUGGAUUUCCACGGGUAGAAGCUCCGUCUUUCUUUCUCUGUAUGUCUUUCUGUAUGUGUGGGGUUUUUAAUACCGGGGCUGGAGAGAUUGCUUAAAUAGCUGCUGUCUGUACUGCAUCGCUUUUGAUUCUCCGUGUGUGUGUGUGUUGCAUGCGUCUCCUAUUGGAAUAAAAAAACGAGGAAUGUGGAAAUUACAGAAUGCCCAAUAGCGCUGGAAAGAGAUUUAAACCCACCAAAUACAUCCCUGUGUCCACCGCAGCCACUCUUCUCGUGGGAUCCACUACUUUAUUCUUUGUUUUCACGUGCCCCUGGCUCACAAAGGCAAUCUCCCCAGCCAUCCCCCUGUACAAUGGGAUCGUGUUUCUGUUUGUAUUGGCCAAUUUCAGCAUGGCAACAUUCAUGGACCCAGGAGUGUUCCCCAGAGCCGAUGAAGACGAGGACAAGGAUGAUGACUUCCGGGCUCCGCUCUACAAGAAUGUGGAUAUCAAAGGGAUCCAGGUUCGGAUGAAGUGGUGCGCCACCUGCCACUUCUACCGGCCACCACGAUGCUCCCACUGCAGCGUUUGUGACAACUGUGUGGAGGACUUUGACCACCACUGCCCCUGGGUGAACAACUGCAUCGGCCGCAGGAAUUAUCGCUAUUUCUUCCUGUUCCUGCUGUCGCUCAGCACGCACAUGCUGGGAGUGUUCACCUUCGGACUCCUCUACAUCCUGAACCACCUGGAGAGACUGGGAGCGCUGCACACCACGGCCACUCUGGCUGUGAUGUGUGUGGCCGGCUUGUUCCUCAUUCCGGUUGUGGGGCUCACAGGGUUCCACAUGGUCCUGGUGGCCAGGGGUCGAACCACCAACGAGCAGGUGACGGGAAAGUUCCGCGGCGGGGUCAAUCCCUUCACACGCGGCUGCUGGGGGAAUGUGCAGUACGUGCUCUGCAGUCCUCUCGCUCCAAGGUACAUAAUCGAGCCCAAGCAGAACGAGGCUGUGAGUAUUCAACCUCCCUUCCUCCGUCCUGACCUGUCAGACAGGCAAAUUACAGUCAAAGUUAGCGGCAAUGGGAUCCACGCCAACAUGCACAGAACCAAGUCUAAAGGCAGUCUGGAUGCACUGGAGGACACAAUGCUGGACAGCCAGCCCCCACUGCCCCCGAAAGCAGAUGCAAACAAGUACAGUGAGCUGAAGAGCCAGCUGACCUCCAGCGAAGAGAGCAGCCUGUCUACGAAGCCUCUGAACCCGUCCACACCAGCCAUGUACAAGUACCGGUCCGGCUUCAAUGCAAACCUCAAGGUCCACUACCACCCCACUGAGGACAAGAUUGUCAUGCAGGAGGGACACACUGCUGCUGCUAUGAUGGAGGAGAACGGGCGGGGUCAUGACUACAGAUCAGAGCCAAACCUGGACGUCCCGGAAUACAGGAACACCUCGAUCCACAGGGCCUUCCAGUCCUCCCCCCUGCAUGGGGACUCCUCCUCCAUCAACUCCCGCUCGCUCAGCCUGAAGCACCCGCCCCGACGGGGCAGGGAGAAGACCGCCCUGCAGCCCAUGAAAUCAGAGGGGACCUCCACCCCCUACAAGAGCGGCUUCGCUCCCAACUCUCUGUCCAACAGGAACGGCAGCCUCUCCUACGACAGCCUGCUGAACCCCAGCAUGUCCCCCUCGGCCGGGGAGUGCCUGGCCCACCCUGGGGGCCCCGCAGUAGGGUACCACUCUCCCUACGUGUCUGCCAAAGUGAGCCACAUGCGGGGGACUGAACUGCAGGGGCAGCUCCCGCCCACUUACAGCCCUGUCCUGAACAGCAUCAGCAGACACUCUCCGCACCCCCGGGACCCUUCACCAGUGCGCUAUGACAACCUCUCCAAAACCAUCAUGGCGUCCAUCCAAGAGCGCAAAGAGCUGGAGGAGAGGGAGAAGCUGCUGCAGCUACACGGGCACGCUGGCAUCACGGACUCCAGUGUCUAUGAGCCACCCGGCUCCUACAGCUUCCAGCUGGGGCCAGUCUUCCCGGAUGAGCCCCGAGUCCCGUGCCCCGGGGCUUACGGCUCUCGGGACAACCUGCUGGGCGGCUCUUCGGUGUUCAGCUCCAGGAACCCCCUCAUGCGCUCCUCCGCCACCUCCCUGAGCAGUGCCGCCCUCUCCAGGGUCCCCAGGACUUCCACCACCUCCCUGCACGCCGACCUGGCAAACAACAACUUGCAGGGCAGGGUCAGCGACGCACCCUACCGGUCCCCAGGCCACCAGGUGCAGCCCUCGCCCACGGCACUGCGCAGGUCCCCCUCCUACAGCAUGCACAAGCCGCUCUCCUUUAUCAAUGCCUUGGAAGCAGCAGACUCUCCGCCUCUAGGAGGGCCAAGGGAGGAUGUCCAGUUGAGAUCGUCCCACAGUAAAAUAAAUGGCCAGCCGAAGGGCCUGUCCAGGGCUGACUGUCGCCUGGGUUCCACCUCGAGUUCCCAGGGUGUCCCGGCAAGCCCCGGCCGGCACACGAACGUUAAAAAGGUGUCGGGAGUGGGCGGGACCACCUACGAGAUAUCAGUGUGAGGAGCCGUGGUGCCUGCAGGAGGCGCUGUGAAGAGAAUCGCUGCAGCUCUGCAGCUCAGAGAGGGGGGCAUCUCUUCCAACCGGCCGCAGCCUUACUCCCUUGGGAAUAACCAUACAGCCAAUCGGACGAUUCCUCUUUGACCUCGCAGCAGUCCCAGUGACCCUGACUGCGUACCAUUGAGAGUACGGUUUUUAUUACAAAGAAGGAAAUCAUAUAAUGUCUAGAAAUUGCCAUUGUGCAUUUUGUUUGUUCAGUCUUGUGUGUAAACUGCUGAGGAAGGGGCAGUCAAUCAGCCCACAUGAUUUCUGUUGGCAGUUUUGAAGGUGGAUGUUUUCUUUUAGGCUAUGUGCUUUAUGUUCGUAAGCUGUUGUGAAGUUUCACACACUCGGCUCCCACUGAGCACAAGGACGGACCAUCAGCAAACAACAGAAAAACUGUUGCCUAUUAGGCUCUCCCACAGUAUCUAGCUGUUAGUGGAUCACGCUGGAAAGAUAUCAGUGUAGAGAACUCGUUACCAAAGGCUGCACCUAAUUGUCAGACCUUAAUGUCCUAUAAUCAUGCUAGUCAUGACCAUGCAUUGCUUUUCUUUUAUUCUUUGGUGGUGGUUUGUGAGAAGGUUGAAUACUUCUUCUCCUUUCCCCAUUUUUAUUUUUUAAUUAUUAUAAUUAUAAUUUUGUAUUGAAUUGGUUUGCUGUGGAGCUCAGUGGAUGGUAGAUGAAUACUUCUUUAUUAGGUAGCACAAAUCUAUUUACCCAAAGCAGUAGGUUUCUCAUAAGCUGAAUGAAGGGUCCGUCAGAGUGCAGCAGUGUGAUGUAUUAUUUGUUUUUUGUUUUUUUUACCUCCACCUCUGAUCAUCAUCAAGCUGUACGGGACGAACGAUGGUGUUAAAGCAAGGACCCGAAAUCUCGAAUCAGUAAUGUAUGUUAUUGACUAUCAUAGUAACAGCAUAUUUCAUUUUUUUAAUUUUUUUUUUUUUUUUUUUUUAAUUGUUCAAUCAGUUUAAAUGUGUUUUUAAAUAAAAAAGAGACAAAUGUAAAAUCUGGUUUUAAGAUUUUAUUUUCCUUUAGCUUAAACAAAUUGUUGUGAAACAAGACUGUAUGCACUUUGUAUAUUAGGGGCGUCCAAAAUGAUCGACAUUUUCUGGAAGUACGGUUUGCUGUCCAUCCUCUUCUCUCAGGCAGCAACACCCCAGCCUUCCACUCUCCUCCCUGGCGGCUCCCCAGGGACGAGGAUUGGGAAAACACUGCGGCUGGAUGCCGGAGCAUCGUUUAGGUCAUGCAAGCAGGAUAAAACUAUCUGGCUUAUUAAAUAUGCUCACUGUCAUAAUCACGGAAGAAGCGGUCAGUUCCAGCCAUGUGGAAGACUCAUCUGCAGGAAGAAUCAGCUUUCUGGGUGAUAGGAUGGCUGCUUCUCCUUUCACACCUCACUGCUGACUGGCAGACACCAGCUGCACUGAGAGCCUGUCUCACUGCGCUUCUCCAGGGAAACCAGCAGGGAUCAAUACACAACUCUGGAAAUCGUCUUUGACCUGUUCACCUGAACAGAGAGAGUGAAGGACAAGUGCAUCGUUCUCGUGUUAUCUGUAUUGCCUUCCAUAACUAAUCCGUAAUUUUCAAACACUCAAUCAUAAGACAUUCAGAAGAUCCAUAUAAAAAACACCACCACCCUGUUAAUAAAAUGAGGGUAAUCAUAGAUGACUGGUUUCAUAGACCCUGAUUAGACCUAGUCCUGGAUUGCCUUACCUAAAGUAACAUUAGCUAGUCCAAGAUUAGUGUGUCUGUGAAACCAGCCAUUAGUCAAUAUGUCAGACAAUGUGUCUUUUUCUCUAAUAUCCCCCAAAUGAUUAUACUGCUGUGCAUGAUUGUUUACUGAGUUUAAAAGAACAAUUGAAUAAAUGUCAGGGACAGCCACAUGUUCAGGUGGUUAGAGAUCAAUCGCAUGUUUCAGCUCUUUUGUAUUCAAUGAUAUAACCAAGCCACACUGUAAAUACCUACUAAUACCGACUAAGUAGAUUAUGCUAUAUGCCUGUGAAGUCUGGGCAUUCAACAAUUAAACCUGUACAAUGCACAGUACUAUAGCACUGUCAGGACCCCCGCACAGAACCAAGCCUAAACCUGUACAAUGCACAGUACUAUAGCACUGUCUACCACACAGAACCAAGCCUAAACCUGUACAAUGCACAGUACUAUAGCACUGUCUACCGCACAGAACCAAGCCUAAACCUGUACAAUGCACAGUACUAUAGCACUGUCAGGACUGCCGCACAGAACCAAGCCUAAACCUGUACAAUGCACAGUACUAUAGCACUGUCAGGACUGCCGCACAGAACCAAGCCUAAACCUGUACAAUGCACAGUACUAUAGCACUGUCAGGACUGCCGCACAGAACCAUGCCUAAACCUGUACAAUGCACAGUACUAUAGCACUGUCAGGACUGCUGCACAGAACCAAGCCUAAACCUGUACAAUGCACAGUACUAUAGCACUGUCAGGACCGCCGCACAGAACCAAGCCUAAACCUGUACAAUGCACAGAACCAAGCCUAAACCUGUACAAUGUACAGUACUUUAAUUGUUUCUUUGAGGGUCACCUGCUUUUAUUCCCUUGUUGGAAAUCCGGUUUUCUCAAAGACCCAAUCAUCACACGUUUCUAACGUAUUACAGGUGUUACUAUUUGUAAUGUAUUGCAGGUGUUACUAUUUUGUCCUUGUAAACUGCGUUAAUAACUUUGUGUGUGGUGGUAAUGAGACCAACUCAUUUCUGAAGGGAUCAUUACUGCUAUCAGAUUGUUUCCUUUGUCUGGCAAUUACUGCAGCAGCCAGAAGUUUAAACUGUAGCACCUUCAGCACAGGGUUAACUGAGAACAACGAAAUAGUUUAAGAGUUCUGCAUACUAGCUACAUCUCUUACCAGAUAGAG